CUGACAGUCUCUCUAUCCACCGAGUACACGAGAUCCUCGCACCGGGGAGGAGAUCCAGGAUUUCUGAAGAGGGGAACUGCGAGACAUCAGCCACACAACUCGACCACCAUGGAGACACUCGGGGUCCCUCUUUUGCUGUUUUGGCUCAUGUGGGGCCACUCCUGCGCUGUCGGCGGAAAAGUGAAUAAGCACAAGCCGUGGAUUGAGGCGUCUUACCACGGUGUGAUCACAGAGAACAUGGACACAGUGCUGCUGGACCCGCCGCUUGUAGCUCUGGACAAGGACGCCCCAGUUCCCUACGCUGGAGAGAUUUGUGCCUUCAAGGUGUACGGCCAAGAUGCUCCGUUCGAGGCUGUGGUGUUGAAUCGCACAUCAGGAGAAGGAGUGGUGAGGGCGAGCAGCCCUGUGGACUGUGAGAGCCAGAAGGAGUACACCUUCAUCAUCCAGGCCUACGACUGUGGGGCCGGAGCCAGCGGGGCCGACUGGAAGAAAUCUCACAAGGCGGUGGUUCACAUCCAGGUGGAUGACGUCAACGAGUUCAGCCCUGUGUUUCGAGAGCUGCUCUACAAGGCAUCAGUAACAGAAGGAAAGAUCUAUGACAGCAUUUUACAGGUGGAAGCUUGGGACCAAGACUGUUCACCACAGUACAGCCAGAUCUGCAACUAUGAGAUUGUCACUGCAGGGACGCCAUUUGCCAUAGACCGCAAUGGUAACAUCAGAAAUACAGAGCGGCUGAGCUAUGACAAGCAGCAGAGCUACAAGAUCAUGGUGACGGCCUUUGACUGCGGCCAGAAGAAAGCAAAGGAGGAUGUGGCGGUGCAUAUUGAUGUCAAGCCUGUUUGUAAACCCGGAUGGCAAGGUUGGAACAAGCGGGUGGACUAUGAGCCAGGUACUGGGAGCAAACAGCUGUUUCCCAAGAUGCACUUGGAGACGUGUGGAGGUCCCCUGUCUGGCGUGAAGGCGAUGGUGGAGCUGCAGACGAAUCACAUCGGGAAGGGCUGUGACCGGGAAACAUACUCAGAGAAGUCUCUGCAAAAACUCUGUGGUGCAGCAUCAGGCAGCACCGACCUCCUUCCUGCCCCCGGCCCAUCCACAAACUGGACGGCGUCUCUGCUGACUGACAGCGGCCGAGAGAGCGACCUCAUCUAUCGAUUCGACGGUCAUCAGGCUGCUAAUGUUCCGGAUCACGUGGUGCCCCAAAACCUGACAGACCAGUUCACUGUAGCUACGUGGAUGAAACAUGGGCCCAGUCCUGGACUAAGAGCUGAGAAAGAAACUUUACUGUGCAACUCCGACAAGACAGAAAUGAAUCGCCACCAUUACUCUCUGUAUGUUCACAACUGUCGCCUGGUGUUCCUGCUGAGGAGAGAUUUCACUCAGAUCGACACUUUCAGACCUGCAGAGUUCCACUGGAAACUGGAGCAGAUCUGUGACAAAGAAUGGCACUAUUAUGUGAUCAACGUUGAGUUCCCUGCAGUCACUCUGUUCGUGGACGGUGUGACCUAUGAGCCCUAUCUGGUGACGGAUGACUGGCCGAUCCACACAGCAAAGAUUGAUACGCAGCUGACUGUGGGCGCCUGCUGGCAAGGUGGUGAGGUCGCGACCCCAAGAUUCACCCAGUAUUUUCACGGCAGCCUGUCAGGUCUGACAAUCCGACCGGGCCGCAUCGAAACCCAGAAGGUUAUCUCUUGUUUGCAGGCGUGCAAAGAAGGUCUGGAUAUCAACUCCCUGGAGAGCCUCGCUAAGGACAUCAAGUUCCACUUUAACCCAGCCCAGUCUGUGCUGGUGGUGGAGGGAGAGGAUGUGGACAGCAUCAACACAGCUAUGACCAAAGUGUCCUAUAUCAACUCUCGCCAGUUCCCCACGCCGGGGCUCAGACGUGUGCACAUCACCACCUCAGUGCAGUGUUUCGGGGACGACACAUGUCUCUCCGUUCCAGACAUCAAGUCAGUAGUCAUGGUCCUGCCGCCCAGUGAACCCAGAAUCACCCUCGUAGGAUCUAAUCGACUCGUCAGGCCUGCUGGUGACCUGCGGGGCCCGCUGGGUGUGGCCCCCUUCAAGGAACUUCACAUCACCAGCACAGUGAUGAAGGGAGACAGCUUUGGUGGCUCCCGCAGACCAGGUGUGACGGAGGUGAUGCAUAACCUGGACUACUGCGAUGUGCUGGUCAUCGGGGAAGAGCUCAAUCCUGAGAGAGAAAGUCUGGAGAUUCAUCACAGUGCUUUACUGGGAAAACACCUGGAUGCCACCAACUCCACCUCUGGAAUAUCUAUAUACGGUGUGGACUCCAUGGUCCACUAUGAGCAGGCGCUCAGACAGCUGCGCUACAGGAACUGGCGUCCGGCCACCCUGAGCGACAGAAGAUUUAGACUCACCUGCUCCGAACUCAACGGACGUUACACAAGCAACGAGUUCAAUUUGGAGGUCAGCGUUCUGCACCGGUCAGCACCUGUGGAACAUGUCAAUCACAUGGCUGCUCAACCUCAGUACCUGAGACCUGUCCAUCACCCGCUCAUGAUACACACUCCCAACUCACACAUGUCAGGAGCAGCCCCUCCAGCAGCCACAGUCAUAAUUGUUGUCUGUAUCGCCGCACUGGUGGUGAUUGUAGUGAUUGGCGUUUACAGGAUCCAUGCCACACAUCAGGAAGGGUCCAGAGAAGAUGAAGAGGGCAUCAAAGAUCCUGAGGAAGACUGGAACAACUCUGCACUCACUAUAACCAUCAACCCCAUGGAGAACGUACAAGGAGCUCAGGCGCUUGAUGAAGAAGUAAAAGAAGAAGAACAUGAGGCGGAGGAGGAGGAGGAAGAAGAGGAGGAGGAGGAACAAGUGGGAGGAAUGACAAGUGCUGAGUCAGACAACAGUGAUGAAGAUGAAGUGGAGGAAAAAGAGGAGGUGAAAAAGAGGAAGCAGAAGGGAAAGCUUGUGUGGGACAGUUCAUCCAUAACAUACUGACCCAAUAUGCACACGCAUUAUCAACAAAACCUGCACUUCUGAACAAACACU